AUGAAAGUAGCCACUAAAAGACCGACAAGUAGAAUCAAACGAUUACGUAACUAUGUUCUAAAACUAAACAUCUAUGGCCAUCAAAGUGAUUCAACACUCAUUGAUCAAUUAUUGUCGACACAAAUAUUCCUCAUUCUAUUAUUCAUACUUCUGCUUCUUAUUAUAGUUUAUAUCAUUCUUAGUGUUCAAACUCAUUCGGUGACUGUUCAGUCUCCCUCGGAAUCCACUUUUACACAACUGUCUCAACAGUAUCCAAGCACACUCUCAUGCCCAUGUUCACACACAUCUGUUCGACACGAUCGAUUUCUCUCACUCAAUCCUCAGUAUCAUUCCAUUUGUACAAGUCUAUUGAUUAAUCAAUCAUUUAUUUCAUUAUUAUCUUCUGCGAAUGUGAGUGAGUAUUCCAUCAUUGAUUAUCGAAAAAUGGCAACAUCUCAUUUUCAAAUUCUUGCUUUACUUUGUCGAACAGUUCGACAAAUGAUUGAUGAUUCUUUGAGUGAACUCCUCUCACAACAUUUCACCACUUCAGAAGUUGUCUCAAACGAAACAUUCAAUGCUCAGAUGAAUCAUCUUGUAGAACAAUUGAAAACAACAAAUAUUGCCAAUAUAAAACAUAUAAGCGAUUUUUUAUGGUUGAACAUGUUCUACAAUGAAAUUCAUUCGGGAUUGAAAACAAACUUUAACAUUAAAUACUUAAAUGGUAGCUCUGUGACCUACGAUAUUCGUUCUUAUUCUCUUCCUGCAAAUGCAACGUGCAACUGUCAUAGAUCUAUUGAUUGCACUACACAAGCUACAAUCACAAAGUUAGUAUCGUCUAAUGCAACUGUAAAUCCAACGACGGCAGUGCAGAAUCCAAUCAGACUCUUUGUCAUAUCUGGCCUAAAAGUUGGUUGUCUGCCAUACAACUCAUUACUUCAAUCGACUCUUGAAUGUUUCUUCAAUCAGUCAUGCAUUGAUCGAAUUGAAAAGNAUCAUGGUCGCUCGUCGUCGUACAACAGGCCAACAUAA